AUGUUCCCUUGGGUGGUUCUGUGCUUGCUGCCGUUUCUCUCCGCCGAGUUCCUCUACGUGAGAACGACUUACGAAGCUGAGGACUUUGGCAUCGCCACCGACGAGCACGAGCAAUGCCGCGCCUGGAAGCUCUGGUGGAGAACCCAGGUCAUUUCAAGUCGAUAUUACUGCAAAAUAUAAUAAAUCCAGUUCAGGAAACAAAUACAGACUUGACCACAAGCGACAUAGACCUGCUGGCGAUUCGGCGGAGCGAAGUGUGGGUUAACCAUCCGGCCCAGGCUGCCCGAUUCGACAUCCCGCUAGAGUUACUUCAGCAGUUUUCGGUCCGUUCGAAGCUUCUUCUAAAUUGGAAGGUAGUUCAGAACAUCUACGUUGACUUUGAGAACGUUUGUCGGCUGCAUCCACGCAAUUUGCGCAUCCAGUCGGCCAUCUCAGCCAUUCGUUACGGCUUCAACGUGGCUCAAGUCUGCGAGGAGCUUUCUGGAAACUCGACGGUUUUCCCUAUUUUUUUUUUUUGUUUUGAAGACGUUCCGAUUAUCAGAACGAAGAUAGAAGUUUCCUGCUCAACACGACCGCUUCAUUGUUUGUUUUUACAAGCAGAAACUUACUGGAGAACCAUGAAAGCGUCUCUUUAAAUUUGGAAAAAGUCUGCGAUCCGCAAGCCGAAGAAGACCGAGAGUCUCAUUUACAGUAUUAUCAAGGUUUUUUCCAGUCUUUUUCGUUUAUUUUUGCAUAAUUGAACAGUGCCAAUUUACAGAAAAAUACGGAUCUUUUGUUUUCAACGUUAGCGCCCUCGAAAUGGAUAUUGAAGAAUUACGUGCUGUUAUGAAAAAUACCGUUGCCAUUGAUGAAAUUUUGAGGUUUUUACUCUAAUUCCGUGUUCAAAGUUAUUCUGCGAAAUUCAAAAUAGCUUUCAGAGAGGGAAAAAGAUAACUAAAAUACGGAGAAUCAGAAAUAAUUCUGAUUUUAGCGGAGAUUACUUUCAACACGUCAUAAAUAUCCAUUUGAAGCUUACAGAAAGUUUGAGCACAUUUCUGAGUCUGCAAUUCGUCCAUAUCCUUCUUCGGCAAUCUUACCUUUUCUCAAGAAAGUUCAUUAUGAUUCACGGUAAGACGAACCCUAGAAAGUAUCAAGAGAGUUCAGGAUCCCUCCAAUUUUGCACGUUGGUGACCAAUUGGUCGUCAAGUUUGGUCUUUUGAUUCAAUCCAUGAGCAACUUCGAACUCUCCACUAUGGCAGGAAACCUUGAAACGAACAAGAUAAUCUUUUUUUUUGAGGACUACGACGUUGAUACUUGGGUUCGGAUGGCAUGGAUAGAUCCACGGCUGCGUCAUCAGCUGAGCCGACCCAUCCUAGUCAACGACUACACGUUCCUCAGAUUGAUCUGGCGGCCUGAUCCGAUAUUCACCAACGCCAAGCUCUCGACUUUUCAUAAGGUCAGCGGAAAAUACGCGAUUGUUCGAAAGGAAGUCUUUCAAGAAGAUAUUGUUUAGCCUCUCUUUGUCAGCUUCUCAUUUUUUGCAUACUUUUUUUGAGAAGGCAGCAACUUCUGCCCUUUUAGGUCAUUCAACGGACGUCCUUUUUGUGAAUAUUGAGUAAAUUGCCAAUUUUGCCGGAGUUAACUUUUUUUUAAAGUUUAGAUGAAAUUUCUUCACAGUCGUUACUCUUCGUUUUGAGAAAAGAUUUUUUACACGCAAAACACAAAACUUUCAAGCAAUACUUUAAACUAAAAUUUUGUAAAAUAAUCUCCAAAAAAAAAAGAGUUUUCAUUGAAAUAUCCAUGAAACAAACAAAAAUGUGAAAAAGUAAAAAAAAAAAGUUCUCUUUUUCAUUCCGAUUUCACUCACAAGAUCACUAAAAAUACUUUCCGCACAACAAUAAAUUAACAGGUGUCCUACUUCAAUUUCUACAUGAUAAUCUUCCCUGGAGGCGAAGUUUUCAUGGAUAUUCGCGUGUAUUUGAAGCCGACAGCCGCGCAGAUAGUUUUGUGCAAAUAUCCACACGACAACCCGGCGGCGACGCUCAAAAUCAGUUCAUGUUUGUGAACAUGGCGGCUUCCAGUUUGAUCUCCGUCUUCAGUGGGAUUGACCAAAGACGUCGUCUCUUUCGAGUGGUUUUCGGCCUUGGAAGACGCGAUCCGCAUAAAUGCCGACGUCCAGAUUCCCGAGCUACACAUCACCAGCGUCGCCGCCGGCCAGUGCGACGGUACUCGCAAGUCUGGUGAGGAAUCCGGGGAGAGAAGGAGUUUUUCCAACGUUUCAAGGCAAUUAUUCGUGCUUGGAGAGCGUUUUCUACAUGAAAAGACACAUCGGCUACCACAUUGCGAACACCUACAUCCCCACGGCUUUUUGCGUGGCUUUCUCUUGGAUCUCGGUCUGGCUUCCUGAGGAAUUCGUCGAAGGUCGCAUCUUCGUAUCUCUAACCGUGUUCCUCACACUCAGUGCCGAGAACAACUCUGCUAAGGAAGAGCUCCCCAAAGUUUCUUAUAUUAAAGUUGGUUUUCACCUAGUUUUCGAAAUAGUGGAAAACGUUAGGCGAUCGACAUUUGGUUUGGCUUCACCUCGAUUUUCGUCUUCAGUACGAUGAUUCAAGCUUUGGUGGUAAUUUCAUUAGAGCACAACAGCAGAAAAUUGGUUUGAGCUCAGAAUCUUUCUUUCCACUCGGGUAUUUAGAAAACUAAAAGCGAGAACAAUCUGGAAGGCUACAGCAAAUUCCAAAUCACCAAGUCUUUACUGAUGAGUCGUUAUUAUCACAAAUUGGCACGUCAGAUAGACACUUUCUGCAAGGUGAGCUUCAUUUCCAGCGACUGAAAAGAUGUGACUUCAGGUGAUGUACCCGGUGACGUUCUUGCUCUUCCUGAUGGUGUACGUCUUCGUGAUAACGGAAGGCGAUGAACGCAAAUGCCUGCAGUCGACGUGAGCUGUCGGUGGCCGCGCCGGCGCCUUUCCGGUCUGAAACCUGCAAUUGUUUAUCUUGUGCCCCUAUUCGUCGUCAUAUGCGCUCGAGCAAACCGCUCGCCUCCUCUGAGAACUCCUUUUUCGUCCUCUCUCGGCGUUCGUUUUACGUUUGCUGAUUGAAAUCUGCCACGAAAUUGAUACAACUUUAUCCUUCUAAUUUUCUUCCUUUCGAAAAUUUUAUCAUCCGGGUAGGAAGUUUCUUAACAUUUUGGUUCCUUCUUUUUCAUCCGAAUUUCAAAAAUAUUCUGAGAAUUUUCGAGUAUCAGAAAAAACAUUAAAGAGAAGAAAAUUUCUUGCAAGGAAACUCCGUUUUUUCCGAUUCGCUACCAUUUGGUUUUUCGUUUUCGCUCACUGAUUCGCUAAUCUUAUGAAUUCCCCUCAAACUUUGUCUGAAGUUGAUGAAGAAGUUUGACUUUUUCAUUUAAAAUAGCUUUUUUUCAUGUUUUUUUAAGACUUUUACGAUGUACUGAGAAAGAGCUUGAGUACCUGCAAGAAACGAAGCCUCGGUUGAAUAGACCAAAAAUAAAAAUGUUAAAAUCAAUCUGAUCUUUCACACCAUCAAAGAAAAAAAAACAUUUCUCUUUCGAUAAAUGCGAAGACUUUUGAAGGACGGCGAUAAUAAAGGCGGCUGACCGUGGGAGUCUGGCACAAAACGGAAUAAUUUCGGACUGUUGGUGUGCGCGGCCGGUUGACCUUCCUAACCCUGUACCUUCUUAACCAUUGUCUGCAUGGGUCGUAGCUUCUCGGUCUCACAUUCCAUCGCACUCUUGCGUCGGAAUCCACUGUCGGCGUCUCCGCAUCGCCUGUGUAUCUCUCGCCGCGGUACUGUUCGUCUGCGUCGCCUCGACGCCUCCGCCAGCCUUUCGCUUGCAAUGAAGAUUUCGUUGGUCGUUCCUCUGUGGAUUCUGGCUGCGCGCGACAAAUUAGGACAUCCAACCACAGCUGCUUUGACGUCAUCUUGUAA